AUGCUAGGUGCUGGGAGUCGCGAUAUGUGGUUUCCUACUGAUGGGCUCUUGGCGCAGCCGCAGAUUUCACUGUCGGCCUCACUGAUGCAGCGCCAGUGGAGUAGUCAUUUAAGUUCGGACUUUACAGCCCCAGGAAAUCAUGACGAGCCCACCGAGCUCGAUCGAUCCGCUCUGAUCAGCCCUGCGAACCCUGCAGAAGUGCGAAUGCAGAUCUCCCGAAGAUUCGACUGGAUGGAGGGGAAAAGGGGGCUUGUUGACCCAAAAGCCUCCCCCGGCAGGAACCGAUGCACACGACGAUCGCAUGGCUCGAGCCCGAGGAUCCACCUGCGCUGUCCCAUUUUGUCGGGAGCUGCUUCGCAGAUUUCUUUUGACUCCCCUUUCUUCCCAGCUAAAUCGGCAGCAGACCGCAAAUGGGGCUCGGUGUUUGGGGGAAAGACGUGA